AUGAGUUCCUCCGAAGCAUCAUCAAUCGAAACCAUGGACAAAGAUCUCCACGUUACAUUCACUGAGAUGAUGUACAACUUGCUUCCGAACCCAUACGAAUCCCAAGAAAUCAACCACCUCACUCUCGCAUACUUCGUUAUCUCUUCUCUCGACAUCCUCAACGCUCUCCAAAACGUUGACAAGGAAGCUAUUGCCAAUUGGGUCUUGUCUUUUCAAGUUCGACAUGGAACCACUUUUGACCCUAACAAUGGGCAAUUCUAUGGGUUUCAUGGGUCUAGAAGUUCGCAGUUUCCUCCGGAUGAAAAUGGGGUUUUUUGCCAUAACAAUAGUCACUUGGCAAGUACUUAUUGUGCCCUAUCCAUAUUAAAAAUCGUUGGAUAUGAUUUUUCCAAUCUUGAUUCUGAAUCGAUGUCGAUUUCCAUGAGGAAUCUUCAACAGCCUGAUGGAAGUUUCAUGCCUAUUCAUUCUGGUGGUGAAACCGAUCUUAGGUUUGUAUAUUGUGCAGCUGCCAUUUGUUUCAUGCUGGGUAACUGGAAUGGCAUGGACAAGGAAAAAGUCAAGAAUUACAUAUUAAAAUGCCAGUCUUAUGAUGGUGGAUUUGGAUUAGUUCCUGGUGCAGAAUCUCACGGUGGUGCAACUUAUUGUGCUAUUGUGUCUCUCCGGUUAAUGGGAUUUAUCGAAGACAAUAUUCUCUCAAGUUGUAAUUUGUCUUCUUUGAUAGAUUUCCCAUUGCUGUUGGACUGGAUCUUGCAGAGACAGGGAACUGAUGGUGGAUUUCAAGGUAGACCGAAUAAAUCUAGUGAUACAUGUUAUGCAUUUUGGAUUGGAGCUGUCUUAAGAAUUCUAGGGGGCUGCAACUUUGUCGACAAUAAAGCUCUACACGGAUUUUUGGUUUCCUGUCAAUACAAGUAUGGUGGUUUCAGCAAAUUCCCAGGGGAGUUUCCAGAUCUGUACCAUUCCUACUAUGGAUAUGCUGCUUUCAGUCUGUUGGAAGAAUCUGGCUUGAAGUCACUUUGUUCUGAACUUGGAAUUACUGAUAUAGCUGCAAUUGGAGUCUAA